AUAGCAGAGACACGAAUGCUACACAAUUAGUGUUUUUUUUUUUUUUGUAUUUUCAGCUUUGUUUGGAAAGUGGAAAAUCCUCGCAAGUGGUUUGGUGCCGUUUGUUCCCUUGCAUCCUGCUUUGGUCUGAAAAUAGAAAAGGUUUUGCAGUAAAAUUUCUGUUCAUUCCAGGUACAAAUUUCAAUGGCUGACGGUCCUCCUAACUGUCCGCCUCCUGACGAUGCUCGUUCCCGCUACCGCCCUCGUUCGGGGAUGAGCCUCAGCCUUCAGAUCCCGCAGCCAACUGCUCCCGAAGUGAUGAAAAUGCCGUCUCUCGUGCAAGCGUUCGAUCCCGCUGAUUAUGAGUUUAUAUCACAUAUGGGAAGUGGCGUUUCGGGUAGUGUUGAUAGGGUGAGGAACAAACAUACCGGUCAAGAAUAUGCGAGGAAAAGGAUAAGGAUUUCGGACGGUAUGACGGAUGAACGCGAGAAACAACGCUCGUUGAUUUUGAGAGAGAUGGAAACUCUAGCUCAACUUCAUCAUCCUAACCUUGUGGAAUUGGUUUCUGGUUGGGCUAGCGUAACCGAGAUUCAAAUGAUGUUUGAGCUGAUGGAUGGAUCUUUGAAAGAUUUUCACACUGAAGACGAGAAUGUGAUCGCAGACAUUGCGCAACAGAUAUUGACGGGUCUGAGUUAUCUACGGGACGAGAGAAUCAUCCACAGGGACUUGAAGCCAGCGAACGUGUUGAGAAAUAACUACGGCAAUGUUAAGAUUGCAGAUUUUGGUUCGAGCAGGAGAUUGGACAUCGGCAACAUGCAAUCCAUUUUGACAGUCCUCGGCACUAUUCAAUACUGUAGUCCCGAAAUGUUGCAGCAUCAACUGCGCAAAACCGACCGACCCGACAAGAGUGAUGUUUGGAGCUUGGGGAUCUUAUUGCUGGAAAUUUAUAUGGGACAUUUCCCUUUUCCCUGCAUUGAUAAGUUUCAGACUUACAAUGAGAUUAUUAAUGACUUCGUUGUUCCUGAGUUGCCCAAUUCUACCUCACAGUUCCGGGAUUUUGUUCAGCGAUGUUUGAUUAGGGAUGUGGAUUCCAGGGCAUCUGUUGAUGAACUACUGGGUCAUAAUUUCUUGCAUAUGUUUCGUUAGAAUGUGGCUCUUUUCUGGUGGUUGUUUUGUUGACAAGUCAGUUUUUGCAAGUUAGUCCCCUAUGUUGUUGUCCGGUGAUUGUUCUUUUGAGAAGUUAGUCUUCUUUGGGAUUAGUAUUAGUUGUUUUUCACAAGUUAGUCUUUUGUUGAUGCUACUUACUUUAAUGCUAAUUGUGGAGUCAUCUGAUUCCCUUGCUGGGAGCUUGCUUUAUGGACAUCUGAUGUUGAAAGUUUGCUUUAAUAGAAUGCAACACUUGCCAAAAGAUUUCUUCCUCAA